CUGUACUCCAAAACGGAUGAUUUGAUUCAGAAAACAGAAUGGUCUACACUCGCUGGUCACAAAUAGCUAAAUAUUGGAAAUUGAGACCUUUUGCGGCUCACAGUUCAUUUUUAACGCUACUGUGUAUAAAGCUUCUCAUCCAGCUUGAUUCUGCAAAAUGGAGGUGGUUCAGCGCCACUCUGUACACACACUUGUUUUCCGCUCUCUCAAAAGAACACAUGAUAUGUUUGAAGCUGAUCAAAGUCGUCUUCCGGAAGUUGAUGAGAAAAGUAAUUCAUUAAAAGUCGCCAUCAAAGCAAAAGAUCAGUAUGGACCUGUACUUAAGGAGCCUGGUCACAAUCCACUAAGGCCUAAAGAAAAUGUCUCUGACACGUCACAACCGGGAGCUAUUGUCGCAUCUGAAAAGGUCAAACCAAAGUCUGCACUUGAACAAAACGCUUCUAUAGUUCAAAUAGGUAAUGAAAAAUUACUACUUCCAAAGAAAGCUCCGACUAUGCCCAAGCCCACAUGGCAUCCACCAUGGAAACUAUGUCGAGUUGUUAGCGGUCACACAGGAUGGGUGCGCUGUGUGGCUUUUGAUCCUACUAAUGAUUUCUUUGUUACUGGCGCGGCAGAUCGGAUGAUCAAGGUUUGGGACUUUGCUAGUGGGACAUUAAAACUGACACUGACAGGUCACAUAAGUACUGUUAGAGGUGUCGUUGUCAGUGCUCGUCAUCCUUACUUAUUUUCAUGUGGAGAAGAUAAAACAGUUCGUUGUUGGGAUUUGGAGCAAAAUAAGGUUAUUCGUCAUUACCAUGGUCAUAUGUCUGCUGUUUACGAUAUUGAUAUCCAUCCAACAAUCGAUGUAGUCCUUACUUGUGGUCGGGAUGCAACUGCACGAGUAUGGGACAUGCGAACCAAAGUCAAUGUUCAUACUCUAACAGGACAUUCGAACACGGUAGCGACAGUACGUUGUCAAGAAUCUGAUCCUCAAGUGAUUACUGGAUCACAUGAUGCAACUGUCCGCCUUUGGGACUUGGCAGCAGGACGUACCAUAGCCUGUUUGACAAAUCACAAGAAAUCUGUCCGAGCUGUAUGUAUCCAUCCAACUCAGAAUGCAUUUGUUUCUGGAUCACCGGAUAAUAUAAAACAAUGGAAACUCCCCAAUGGUGUCUUUCUUCAGAAUCUAUCUGGACAUAAUGCUAUCAUUAAUGCCAUCACUGUUAACCAAGAUAAUGUGGUCGUCAGUGGAGGCGAUAAUGGCAGUGUUCACUUUUGGGAUUGGAAAUCUGGGUAUAACUUUCAGCGUCUUCAAGCUCAAGUUCAGCCUGGCAGUAUUGAUUCUGAAGCUGGGAUAUUUGCUUUAGCAUUUGAUCGUAGUGGAUCUCGCUUGGUGUCCUGUGAAGCAGACAAAUCAAUAAAGAUCUUCAAAGAAGAUGAAUCAGCGACGGAAGAAACACACCCACUGUACUGGCGCCCGGGCUUGCUCAAAAAAUCGAAAUACUAAUUUACCUAAUCCACUUAACAUCUCUACAACAAUAUGUAUAUAGUGGAGUCUGAUUUAACUUCGAAAUUGAAGUCAUCUACUGAUACAGACUGACUGACCGCCACAUAGUAAUAUCCACAAUCAACCAAGCGUGCAAGGAGGUGCGCGUUCAUUGCUUCAAAAGGAAUAUCAAGAUCGAAGUAAUUCCCUUCCAUUUCAUAACAUAUCAGAGUAAAUUUAUUGAGAUUUAAGCCCAAUUAUUUGAAAGUUCUGCUUCUCAACACAAAACCUAGAUUAGAA